CACAAAAAAAACUAACGCUAAAACAAAUAAUCCAAGUUUACCAUUACCUGAGAAUUCUAUAAGUAGUGAAGGUGCCGAUAUUAAUCUUUUUGAGGAAGAAUUUAAUGAUGAAUUUUUACAAAUCAAUAUCGAAGCAGUAAACAUGGAAUUAGAAAAUGAAUUAGCAAUAAAUCAAUUUUUUGAUAUUAGAAUGCUUGAACGAAAUCAAAUGAAUAUAACUGAAGAAGGUCUAGUUAAUUCUCAAAGACCUACUAGUAAUACUAAUGACGAUUGGUCUGUCAAUAAUAUAAUGCUGUGUUAG